AUGGCAACCCGUCAGCUCUUUAAAGCUCAUCCCCCCCCAAAACAAAUAAUAUCAACAUCAAACUUGACAUCACCACCACGAACCCUCCUUCUAACAUUCGAUGCCUUCGACACCCUCUUCUACCCUCGUCCCUCCGUCCCAGAACAAUACGCAUCAGUCGCACACAAAUUCGGUCUCUCCCGAACAGCGGUAACCCCAAAGAAACUAACCACCGCGUUUAAAGACAACUUCCGAACCCAAAUAACUCAGUACCCGAACUACGGUCGCGCCGAUGUGCUGCGCGGGCGAUAUGGCGGACCAAGACAAUGGUGGGAAGAGCUGAUUCGGAAUACCUUCGCGCAAACACUAUCUACAUCAAAGACUUCUUCCAAAAGACAGCCUAAGUUACCAAAAAGACUAGUGGAGAACCUGAUUGAUCGCUUUGCCGGUGCGAAGGGUUAUGCGCUGUAUGAGGAUGUUGCGCCGUUCUUUGCAGGAAUGCGCGAGCUUAAGGCCAUGAGGCUCCGUCGCUUUGAUCGCGUCGUUGUUGGUGUGAUUUCAAACUCGGAUGAUCGCGUUCCGGCUGUACUCAAGGAUCUGGGGCUACGGGUUGGUGAUCAACGUGCUGAUCAGGAUUUUUUAAGUAUGAUGUUACCUGGGUUUGAGCAGCGUGAUUAUGCUGAUCUUGAUUAUGAUGCUGCCAUGGGGCGAUACAAUGGCCUACAUCCAGACAAUGAUGUUGAUAUGGUGAUUACAAGCUACGAAGCUGGUGCGGAGAAACCAAAUCGAUUGAUUUUCGACGUUGCGGAACGACAGGCCCGGAAAUUAGUGCGUCAAUCUGGCGUUCCUAAGGAUGAUCAUAACGAACCCUGGACUCGAGUACACAUUGGUGAUGACUAUUACAAGGAUUAUGUUGCUGCACACAAUGCAGGAUGGCAGAGCUAUCUGCUCCUCCGAGCGAAUAUGCGAGAGAAACCACCGGGGACUUUGAAUUCAUUGAUGGAUAUCUUCUGGGAAUUGCGGUUGGAAUGA